AUGGCGCGCAACUACACGUCGGCUGGCCAGCCGCUGGUGCCGAAGGAGCUCCCUAUCGACAAGGACAGCCCGCCUGGCCUCACGUGGACGUCUGCAACCAACAAGAAGUGGAAACUGGUGUUCAGCGAUGAGUUUGAUACCGAAGGCCGCACGUUCGGGCCCGGCGAGGACAGCACGUGGGAGGCCGUCGACCUGUGGUACUGGCCGACGCGCGAUCUCGAGUGGUACGACCCGCACCACGCGCGUACCGAGGGCGGCAACCUGGUGAUUACUAUCGAGCGCAACGAGUCGCACGCGGGCCUGCCGUACACGUCCAGCAUGCUGCAGUCGUGGAACAAGCGCUGCUUCCAGGGCGGAUACCUCGAGGUGCGUGUCUCGUUCCCAGGCGACGGCACGAAGUCAGGCUUCUGGCCGGCUGUGUGGACGCUGGGCAACCUGGGACGCGCCGGCUACGGCGCCACCACUGACGGGCUGUGGCCAUACACGUACAACAGCUGCGACGGGGGCGUCAUGGUCAACCAAACAAACUCGGCGCUGUCGAUGCUGCCGGGCCAGCGCCUCAACGCCUGCGUAUGCAGCGGUGACCACCCAUCCCCGGGUGUCGGCCGUGGCGCGCCUGAAAUCGACAUUUUUGAGGGCAGCGUCACCAACAACCUGAUCUCGCUGUCAAUGUCGGACCAGGUAGCGCCCUUUGACUACCACUACGCCAUUAACCGCAAGGACUACACGCACAUCUGGAACGAGCUCCCACUGGGCAAGCCGGACACCGCAGGCGGCGCACGCGCUAACUCAUAUAUUGGCGGCACGUACCAGCAGAGUGUGUCAUCCAUCUACUACCUGGAUCCGUCAUACACCGAGGGCAAGCAGUUCCAGACCAUGGGAUUUGAGUACCAGCCUGGUCCCAAGGGCUACGUGCGCUGGUUUGUUGACCAGAAGCCCGUGUGGCACCUAGACGCGCGCGCUGUCGGCGCCAAUGCUAUCAGCAAGGUUGCGCAGCGCGUUAUUGCUGAAGAGCCCAUGUCCAUUAUCAUGAACUUGGGAAUUUCGUCCAGCUUCGCCUACGUCGACCCCACGCUGCCACUUCCUGGGAAAAUGUACAUCGACUACGUGCGCCUGUACCAAGACCCUGACAACAUCCGCCUGUCCUGCGACCCACCGGACCGUCCCACUGGUGAGUACAUCCAGAAUCACCCGCGUGCCUACUACAAUGCCAACCUCACGCGGUGGAAGAGCACUGGCUACAGCUGGCCCUCGUACAAAGUCAGCAACUCGUGCAAGCCCAAGACGAGUGGAUUCUUCGAGGACUUUGACUACGCGCCCCUGUCUUAG